AUGCUCAACGGUGUCAAAUUAGAAAAGCCUUUUGUGGAAAAACCAGUCGAUGCAGAGGACCAUCGAGUUCGCAUUUACUAUUCUCGCGUUGAUGGAGGUGGAAUGAAGGAACUGUUCCGCAAACACAGCAAUCAGAGUAGUCAGUACUAUCCAGACCACUCGCAUAUUCGCACAGAUGGGUCUUACAUUUAUGAACGCUUUCUCCAAACCGAGGGAACAGACGUGAAAGUGUACUCGGUGGGCGUUUCGUACGUCCAUGCCGAGGCGAGAAAGUCGCCGACCGUGGAUGGCCGCGUGGAUCGGGAUGAGAACGGAAAGGAGGUUCGAUAUCCUAUUUUGCUGACGUACGAUGAAAAGCAGAUUUGUCGAAAGAUCGCUACAAUAUUUAAGCAAACGAUCUGUGGGUUUGAUUUGUUGCGUGACCGUGGUACUUCGUACAUUUGCGAUGUGAACGGAGUCAGCUUUGUAAAGAAGAACGCCAAGUUUUGGAACGAUGCUGCCCAUUUGAUCAUGCUGAUCGUUUAUAAAAACUUGUGUCCCGAAAUCCUGCGAAAAGUGGAUACGGAGGAGCUUGAGAUGUCAACGCGAGAAAGACAACAGUUGGAAGAUGAAUAUAAAAGAACUCCUGUGCCUUGCGAAGAUCGUGAAACGUUGCGUGCUGUGAUUUGUGUUUGUCGUCAUGGCGAUCGAACUCCUAAGCAGAAAUUGAAGUUUAAGGUUUCAACCAAGUCAUUGCUUGAAAAGCUUCAACAUUUAUUUAAGGACCAUCGAAAAGAGGUGAAAGUGAAAGAAGCCAUGCAGAUGAAUUACAUUGUCUCGGUCGUGAGGGACCAGAUUCACGAAAUGGAGUCUGUUCCGUGUACUUACGAUUCGGAUAUGAGCGAUGCUCAGUCCUCGGAGAUGAGAGAAAAGAAUAAGGACAUUGUGCUGAAGAACAAGCUGCUCCAGCUCGUGGCUGUUUUGCAGCAAGGCGGACAGUUCCGAGGAUUUAACAGAAAGAUCCAGCUCCGUCCUUUGCAGUGGAAAGAAGCGCCCCAAGUGAUAGACGCAGAGCAGAACGACGACAAUUCGGAUGCUGGAAACGAUGACAAUGCUCUAGUCGUGACGGAGGCUUUAUUCAUCGUAAAGUGGGGAGGCGUUCUGACCCAAACCGGCAGGAAGCAGGCGAUUCAUUUAGGGGAAAUGUUCCGUCGCCAAGUGUAUGGAGGGGAUGCCUUCUUCUUGCGAUUGCACAAUACCUACCGGCAUGAUAUGAAAAUCUACUCCUCCGAAGAAGGCCGCGUUCGCACCACAGCCGCUGCCUUUGCGAAGGGGUGUUUGGAUGUGGAGGGCGAGCACUUGACUCCGAUUAUGGUGAGCAUGGUUCACUGCCAUCGCCAGGCAGAUUACAUGCUGGACAAUACGAGCAAGGCGAUGGAAAUGCUGAAGAACGUGAAGGCACGGCUGUACUCGACACUAAUCGAAGAGGGAGACAUGACAGAAGAACGAAUCCAUCGGCUUUGUCCCUCUGGAAAUCAAAGUGUGAUCAAUGCACUGCACCAAGUGGGAAAUGCUCGCAAGUAUCUUGAGAGCAUAUACAGCGACAUCAAAACCCUCACGCAUUCUCUGUUUACGUACGGAAGAACGGCGGAGGGAAAGGCUGCGAUGGGCUACGAAAUGGAGACGGUGAAUCUGGCGCUCGGCCGAUGGGUCAAGCUGCAAAAGGAUUUCUUCGAUAUCCGCACGCAAAAGUUUGAUUUGAGCAAGGCAGGCGUUGUUCUUGGUUUGGUUAGAUUACAGAUCCCGACGUUGUAUGAUUGCAUCAAGUUUGAUUGCAUCCACAACGCAGGACUCCCGCUGAAGAGUCGCGAUGAAUUGUUUAUGAAGAGCAAGGUUCUGGCGGACAUUAUCGUCCCCCAGGAGUACGGUAUGUAUACUUGGGAAAAGAUGCUGAUUGGACGGAAUAUCGUGAAGAAUUUACUAAUCAAGAUCGAUGUGGAUCUGCGAAUCUCUGCGUUUGGUCCUUGCAGCAAGUUUAUCGAGAAGUCCGACCACCUGCAGGAAGUGAGCAGCUAUAAGGCGGACGAGCGAUACACCGAGGAGAGUUCCGGACACAGUCGAACUGUGUACACGCGUAUGUACUUCACCUCGGAAUCCCACAUUCACGGCAUUCUCAACGUGCUGCGGUAUGGAAGCUCGUCGACCGGUCAGCGAGCAGUCACCGACGCUGGACUGGCGGCUCUGGAUGAAGUGACGGAAUAUGAUUAUUUGAGCCAUAUUCUUCUUCGCAUGUACGAAAACACGAGCUACGAUCUCACCGAUCCCAAGCGAUUCCGAGUGGAGCUUUCGUUCUCUCCGGGAUGUGUGAUUGAUGGAAAGGAGCACUUUGGAGAAGACCCAGAAUGCAAGCCUGCCAUCAUUCUCCAUGAUCAUUUAACUUUACAAGACCUGCAGAGUAUUCUUAGCCAUGUUUUGAAUGACGAGGAUCGGAAAGUGAAAGAUUCCUUCCCCGACACGCUUCCUGAAGAUCGUUCUCCUAUUUGGAUUGUUUUGUUGAAGAAAACAAUAAUAGAAACAACAGUAAAAGCAAACACACACGACUAA